UAUACUGCUGCAGCUGUCCAUGGUUGCGUUUGGUGGGUGUUCGCGGUUCUCUGGGAUGCGACCAUAAUCAGAUACCAUUAUUAUAUUUCUCUGGACCAUUUCCAUAUAUAGUGCAUCAGAGCCGACUUCAAGAGGGUAGGAACCCUGCUGAGAGUGCACCAUUUUGGAGUGGCGGUAAGGUUAUAAGAUUCUGAAGGACGUGAGGCAUCAUGGCAGCACAAGAACAGGCGAGGCAGCGCUCACUCUCCACCUCUGGUGAAUCACUCUACAUUGUGCUUGGCAUUGACAAGCUAGCCACUCCCGACGAUAUCAAGAAAUCCUACAGAAAACUUGCGUUGAAAUUCCACCCUGAUAAGAACCCAGAUAACCCUGAAGCUUCUGACAAGUUUAAGGAGAUCAACAAUGCCCAUGCCAUUCUGAAUGACCCCACCAAGCGGAACAUCUAUGACAAGUAUGGCUCCCUGGGACUGUACGUGGCUGAGCAGUUUGGCGAGGAGAACGUGAACACCUACUUUGUCCUGUCCAGCUGGUGGGCUAAGGCCUUGUUUGUGUUCUGUGGCCUGGCCACUGGCUGCUACUUCUGCUGUUGCCUGUGUUGCUGCUGUAACUGCUGCUGUGGGAAGUGUAAACCGCGGCCCCCAGAGGGCCAGGAGACUGACUUCUAUGUGUCUCCUGAGGACCUGGAGGCCCAGAUGCAGUCUGAUGAGAGAGAGGCUGGUGGUGAAGCCAUCUUGGUGCAGCCAUCAGCGACAGAGACCACCCAGUUGACGUCAGAUGGUCACCAUUCUACCUAUCAGACCGACAUGGGCUUCAACUAAACCCCACCCCUGGCUGGCCUGUGGCCCUGCCUGCUACCCUGCUCCACCUUUAAAAGGAUGAACGAGAAGGGCAAUCUGUUUAAACUUCACUAAGAAAGCAGAGGAGAUGGAGGAGCGAGCGUGGCCCACAUAUGAAACUCUUUAAGAUACACCCUCCCUUUCCACCCUCUCCAGAGUGGUCCACUCCCGCCUCAAUGUAGGAAAAAGAUAAAGAAAAAGUUUGCUUCCCUUCUGCUUGUUCUUUCAUAUUCUUUGGCCUUUGACCUCAAAAUCCUCCAACCCCACAGUCCCCUAUCCAUAUUUCAUGUCAUGGUGUAGCAUGCACUGUUUUUAGAGAAAUAAAUCAUUGUCUUCAUUUUUUUUAUUCAUACUGUUGGUGCACCUGUGAGUGUGAUUCAUUUGGGGUACAGUUUACUUGAUGUUUUUGCUCACUGAUAAGAGAGGUUCGGCUCAGGGAGGUUGUGGAUAGUGAGGUGUGUUGCUGUUCAUUGUCUUUGCUGCAUGGUGCCGUCGUCAUUAAACAUUCAAAAUAGAGCUACACAAUUCUCAGUUUAGAAUUGCCAUCAACUGAUGCCAGUUAUAAACAUAUAGCUCCUUUCCUUCAACCACUUUUAAACCCAUAGAUGUUGGCUCACGUUUACCUGUGUUGGUGCCCUUCCUUUUGCAUUGUGGUUAUAUUGCCCUGAGAUCUGUGCCUGUAGAAGUGGGGUGGGGAUGGAGGGCAGGGAGGGCAGGGCACACAAGCUGCAUUUUAUGAUGGCAAUAUCAUGAAAUACUGAUGGUGACAUCAUUGCUUUCUUAACAUUUGGUGGGUCUUGAAUUGGCUUGGUUUGGUCUGUUCUUGUGUGAAGGAAGCAUUGCUUUGUCCUGCCCCUAAAAUCUGAAUUGAAUGCAUGUAAUCUUGCCCCUGACUUCCCUGCAUCGAAUAACUGACUAACACCAGAAGAUAAAUAUCAUACAUAGGUUUUUUAACACAUCUAGUCAUGUAUAUUUUGUGUACUUUUACUUGCCACUGUGCCACCCACAGUCCCAUUGGAUUGUUGGGACGCGACCCAGACAUCUCUGAGCAACUCUUCUCUGCACAUUUGAGUGGAUAUUCUCAAUAUCCAGAUAUUUUAUGUUUUACCUGUGCUUAAUUUCCUUGUGGUUCCAAUUUCCUUGUGGUUCCGAGUGUUACCCCACACUGUCUAAGCCAAGGACCUUGACCUGAUCCAAUUUAGAGGGUGACAUAUUUUCAUUCCAAGCACUAUUCAUGUAUGUUUAGAUGUGAUGAAAAAGAGUACUGUGUAGGGAAAAGUUGGGAGCAUUUGAAAAAUAUUAUCAUCAUCUUGUUUUUUAUAGUUGUGUUGAAGGGAAUUGUGUUGUAAUUGUCCAAUGCUGUGUUCAUUUGUUUUGACCAUCAUUGAAUUUUGAGUGUCGAUAUUGGUACUUUCUUAGCUCAUAAGUCAUUUCAUAAGUGGGCUAGCACUACCACAGGCAGCUCUUAUCCUAUAACCAGAAUAGACUUAUGUUUUUAAUAUAAAUAUAUACAACUAAAUAUAUGUCCAGUGUAACUAAUACAUAACCAGCCAUUAUCUUCAUAAUUUGUUUGUUUCAUUAAUGCCAAUUAUGUUUCAAUGGUUUACAAUGGAUGUCUGAGCUCCUCUCGCCUGCCCUCUGCUUUUGAUGAUAUGGUUGUUUGACCUGUGUGGUCCUUUUACAGUGUUUGCUGUGCCCCCCUCCCCCUCACACCCCCUCCCAUAGAUAUAUCUACCUGUUAUCGCUUCUUCAUUGAGAUGUUGGAAAAUGCUAAUUGUUAAAUGAGUUGAAUGCAAUGUGUGUUCACUAAAACUACUGGACCAAUGAUCAGGAAAUGGUUCCAUAAAAAUGUCUUGAUACAGACGACAUAGUAUAUAGUGUAAUGAUAGUGAUAUAGUAAUUUUAUUACAUUUAUUUUAUUUAAGUUAACUUAUUUUGUCAUGUUUUUGAUGAUGAACGGCUAUAGUUAUAAAUGGUAUGUUUUUUUGAUGUGGCCAUUAAAUUUUGCAACGCAUGGUUUAAUGGUUAAGGUCUGUUGUACAUACACUUAAAUAUUAAGUAUAAAUCUGGACCUUUAUGUUGUAGCAUGGUAAUGUGUGUGAAAGAAAACAAAGUGGGUCAUUGAUCUGAUUUGCUGUUGUUAAAUAAAUGUUCAUGAACAUUUA